GUUUUGAAGUCUAAGGCCUUCUGCACGACUGAGGAUGGAGAAGGAUGCUGAAGAAGGUGGUGUACCUCCUGCGGGAGCAGAGGCUCCUCCCUCUACAGAAGAGGCUGCUCCUCCCCGUUCAGAAGAGGACAAGGCCGCGCGCCCUCCGACAGUGGAGGCUCCGGCAGAAGAUAAUCUCUCUCUUUCCGCAGAAGAUGCUGUUCCUCCUGCGAAGGAUUAUCAGGAUCUCAUUUCUUCUGAAGAAGGGAUAGUUCUUCCAGAUGAUCAUGAGCCGGAUCUGAAUAGAGUUCGACCGAGGCUCGGACCGCGACCGGUUCAAUCAGUGAUUUCGGAAGUGCUGUCCUCCCCGUCUUCCCGGCGGUCCUCCCGAUACCGCCGCAGCAUGAGUGGCAUCCCAAAUCUACAGGAAACAUUAAAAGAGAAACAGGCAAGAUUUAGAGAAGCAAGGGAAAGCCGAAGACUGAAAAUUGACCCUUCAUACAAAUAUAUGUUUGAAAUUCUAGCAGAAAAUCUUGGCCUGGACAUAGUAACUGUUGAAGAAUUAAUUUUGGAUUGCCCAUCUUUGGACUCACCUAUUUACCUCUCUGUGAUCCUGUGGGGCAGGGUCAGGUGGAGCCAUUUUGUCCAGAUAAUUGUAAGUGGUUGUGAAACUACUCCAGAGCCCCGCAGCUGCUGCCCCCCGUGGUCCUGUCUCAGCAUCUUGUGCCUGCUGCAGCUGUCAUUUGGAAUUGCUGGUUUUCCCUACGAAUGUGGUCGAACUAUUCCUGGAGCAACUAAAGGGGCAAAAAUGAUGAAAUUGUAUAUAGACACUGCAACCCCAGAUAAACUAAAAGGAGUGUGUGUAUUUUUUGUUCGUUGUCGUAAUGAUGUUGCCAUAAAUGUUAAAACUAUUCAAGAGGAAGUGCUAUUUACUGUUCUGGAUGCAUCGAAAGGACUCUUAAAUGGAAUUAGGGAUAUGUUGGCAAAAAUAUUUCUACCAGCUGUUCUUGCAACAAACAACUGGGGUGCUUUAAACCAGUCCAACCAGGGAGAAUCUGAAAAACGUAUUUUCACUGAAACCAUCAGCAGAUACCUUUCAUUUUUAGAUGGUGCUAGAAUAAGUAUUGAGGGAACAGUGAAGUUAAAGACAAUAGACAAUAUUGAUUUUUCCAAACUGCACACCUUUGAAGAAGUCACUGCUGCAGCCAGCAAUUCAGAAACUGUUCAUCAGCUAGAGGACGUGUUGAUGAUAUGGUACAAACAGAUCGAACAGGUACUUAUUGAGAGUGAGCAGAUGAGAAAAGAAGCUGAUGAUUCAGGUCCGCUCACUGAACUGGAACACUGGAAACGCAUGUCAGCAAAGUUCAACUAUAUCAUUGAACAGAUUAAAGGGCCAAGUUGUAAGGCUGUCAUAAAUGUGCUAAAUGUUGCACACUCCAAACUUCUAAAGAAUUGGCGUGAUUUGGAUGCAAGAAUCACUGAUACAGCAAAUGAAUCAAAAGAUAAUGUCAGAUAUUUAUAUACUUUGGAAAAAGUGUGCCAGCCUCUCUAUAACCAUGACCUAGUUUCCAUGGCACAUGGGAUACAAAAUUUGAUUAACGCCAUCAGAAUGAUUCACGGUGUGUCAAAGUAUUAUAAUACCUCAGAGAGAAUGACCUCAUUGUUUAUUAAGGUAACUAAUCAGAUGGUGACAGCAUGUAAAGCAUAUAUUACCGAUGGAGGAUUAAAUCAUGUAUGGGAUCAGGAAACACCAGUUGUGCUAAAGAAAAUUCAGGACUGCAUUUUUCUGUUUAAGGAAUAUCAGACAUCUUUUCACAAAACAAGGAGACAGAUUUUAGACUCCUCAGGGGAAAAAUCUUUUGAAGUUUCAGAAAUGUAUAUAUUUGGAAAAUUUGAAGCUUUUUGUAAAAGACUGGAGAAGAUUACAGAAAUGAUAACUGUUGUGCAAACAUAUUCAUCCUUGAGUAAUUCUACCAUAGAAGGAAUAGAUAUUAUGGCAAUAAAAUUCCGAAAUAUAUACCAAGGGGUUAAGAAAAAGCAAUAUGACAUUCUGGAUCCAAGAAGGACAGAAUUUGACACAGAUUUCUUAGAUUUCAUGACAAAAAUCAAUGGUUUAGAGGUACAAAUACAGGCAUUUAUGAACAGUACUUUUGGGAAAAUCUUAUCUUCUCAGCAAGCUCUUCAGCUGCUUCAAAGAUUUCAGAAGCUGAAGAUUCCCUGUCUUCAGUUGGAAAUAAACCACACAAUUGAGCUUAUUCUUCAGUACUAUGUGGCCGAACUUGAUGCUAUCAAGAAGCUUUAUCAUUCUCAGAAAGAUGACCCCCCUCUUGCUCGCAACAUGCCCCCUAUAGCAGGGAAAAUCCUCUGGGUGAGGCAGCUCUACCGCCGGAUAAGUGAGCCCAUCGAUUAUUUCUUUAAAAACUCAGACAUUUUGUCAAGUCCAGAAGGUAAAGCUGUCAUCCGUCAGUAUAACAAGAUCUCGUAUGUGCUGGUGGAAUUCGAAGUGGUCUAUCACACAGCCUGGAUCAGAGAGAUUUCACAGUUACAUUAUGCUUUACAAGCCACGCUUUUUGUUCGACAUCCAGAAACAGGAAAGUUGCUGGUUAAUUUUGAUCCCAAAAUUUUGGAAGUUGUUCGGGAAACUAAGUGCAUGAUAAAAAUGAAGUUGGAUGUACCAGAACAGGCAAAGAGAUUGCUAAAGUUGGAAAGUAAAUUUAAAGCAGACAAACUGUAUUUGCAGGGUCUUCUGCAAAAUUACGAUGAGUUAUGUCAGGAAGUCCCUUCUGUGUUUGUCAAUCUGAUGACACCUAAAAUGAAAAAGGUGGAAUCUGUGUUGAGGCAAGGACUCACAGUGUUAACAUGGUCGUCUUUAACACUGGAAAGCUUCUUUCGAGAAGUUGAAUCAGUUUUGGAUAUGUUCAAUCAACUUUUAAAGAAGAUCAGUGACUUGUGUGAAAUGCGUAUUGAUACAGUUCUAAAAGAGAUAGCCAAAACCGUGUUGAUUUCUCUGCCUGAAAGUGGUGCUACCAAAGUAGAAGAUAUGUUGACCCUCAAUGAGACAUACACAAAAGAAUGGGCUGAAAUUCUAAACCACAAAAGCAAGCAUGUGGAAGAAGCUGUCAGAGAACUUAUAUCAAUAUUUGAGCAAAUUUAUGAAGUGAAAUACACUGGGAAAGCAGGAAAACAGCCAACAGAACAGCGGAAACAUGUUGUUUUUGGGAGUGAAACAGAAGAAGGUGAAAGCAAUGACUAUGAAGCUAAUAUUGUGAAUGAGGUUGAUAUUAAUGAUAAAGAAGAUGAAUUUAAAAAGGAAUGUAAAGAGGUCUUUGCUUUUUUCUCUCAUCAAUUACUAGACAGUCUUCAAAAAGCUACACGGUUAUCUCUGGACACAAUGAAAAGAAGAAUAUUUGUUGCAAGCCAUUAUGGACGAAAGCGGUCAGAAGAUACUAUUUCCUUUAUAAAAAGUGAAGUACAUCUUGCAAUUCCUAAUGUGGUAAUGAUUCCUAGUUUGGAUGACAUUCAACAAGCCAUCAACCGUAUGAUCCAGUUAACCCUGGAGGUCAGCAGAGGAGUGGCUCACUGGGGGCAACAGCAAAUCCGUCCCAUCAAGCCUGUCAUUCCCAGCCCCACCACUACUGACCUGACCCAUCAAAGCACAGGGAAACCGUUGAAGAAGGAAGAAAGAUCUUUUGAAGAAGUUAUCCCUGCGAGGAAGCUGAAGAAUUUUUACCCAGGUGUAGCGGAGCACAAGGAUAUUUCUAAGUUGGUCCUGCUCCUUUCCUCCUCUGUAAAUUCCCUAAGAAAGGCGGCUCAUGAAGCCCUGCAGGACUUUCAGAAGUACAAGACUCUCUGGACAGAGGACCGUGAUGUGAAAGUGAAGGAAUUUUUGGCUAACAAUCCCUCUCUGACUGAAAUCAGAUCAGAAAUUCUACACUAUGCUACUUUUGAACAGGAGAUUGAUGAGUUGAAGCCUGUCAUUGUUGUAGGAGCACUUGAAUUACAUACAGAGCCCAUGAAAUUGGCCUUAUCUAUUGAGGCUAAGGCAUGGAAGAUGUUACUCUGUCGAUAUUUGAAUGAGGAAUACAAAAAGAAAAUGUCAGACAUGAUAGCAUUUAUUAAUGAAUACUUGAAAAAGUUGUCUAGACCUAUUCGUGAUUUAGAUGAUGUCAGAUUUGCAAUGGAAGCCUUGUCUUGCAUACGUGAUAAUGAAAUUCAAAUGGACAUGACUUUGGGACCAAUUGAAGAAGCCUAUGCUAUUUUAAACAGAUUUGAAGUUGAAGUAACCAAAGAAGAAUCAGAAGCAGUUGAUACCUUAAGAUAUUCUUUCAACAAAUUGCAGAGCAAAGCUGUUUCUGUACAAGAUGACCUAGUUCAAGUGCAGCCAAAGUUUAAAAGUAAUCUACUUGAGGCUGUGGAAGUUUUUCGUGAGGACGUGAUAAACUUUGCAAAUGAAUAUGAGUUGGAAGGACCCAUGGUUCCAAAUAUACCACCCCAAGAAGCUAGCAACAGGCUACAGAUAUUUCAGGCCAAUUUCGAUGAUCUGUGGAGGAAAUUUGUUACAUAUUCAUCUGGUGAACAGCUUUUUGGAUUGCCUGUGACUGACUAUGAAGUUUUACACAAAACCAGAAAAGAACUCAACUUGCUGCAGAAGCUGUAUGGAUUGUAUGACACCGUAAUGGGCAGUAUUAGUGGUUAUUAUGAAAUACUUUGGGGAGAUGUAGAUAUUGAAAAAAUUAAUGCAGAACUGCAGGAAUUUCAAAACAGAUGUCGUAAACUUCCAAAAGGACUUAAAGAUUGGCAAGCUUUUUUGGAUCUGAAAAAAAGAAUUGAUGAUUUCAGUGAGUCAUGUCCUCUACUGGAAAUGAUGACCAAUAAGGCCAUGAAACAGAGACACUGGGAUAGAAUCUCCGAGUUAACUGGCACCCCAUUUGAUGUGGAAUCUGAUUCUUUUUGCCUUAGAAAUAUCAUGGAAGCACCACUCCUUAAAAACAAGGAUGAUAUUGAGGACAUUUGCAUAUCUGCCAUUAAGGAGAAGGAUAUCGAAGCCAAGCUGACUCAGGUGAUUGAGAACUGGACCAACCAAAAUCUGAGUUUUGCAGCAUUUAAGGGAAAAGGAGAGCUCCUGCUCAAAGGAACCGAAUCGGGAGAAAUUAUCACUUUGAUGGAGGAUAGUUUAAUGGUCUUAGGGUCCUUACUCAGCAACAGAUACAAUGCUCCAUUUAAAAAAACUAUCCAGAAUUGGGUGUAUAAAUUGUCCACUUCCUCAGAUAUAAUUGAAGAGUGGCUUGUAGUACAGAACCUUUGGGUUUAUCUUGAAGCCGUCUUUGUAGGUGGAGAUAUUGCCAAACAGCUGCCUCAGGAAGCAAAACGUUUUCAGAAUAUUGACAAGUCAUGGAUAAAAAUAAUGCAGCGAGCUCAUGAGAAUCCCAAUGUGAUUAAUUGCUGUGUUGGAGAUGAGACCAUGGGACAACUUUUACCUCAUUUGCAUGAGCAGUUGGAAGUGUGCCAGAAGUCACUGACAGGGUAUUUGGAGAAGAAACGAUUACUGUUUCCAAGGUUCUUCUUUGUAUCUGAUCCAGUUCUCUUGGAAAUUCUUGGACAAGCCAGUGAUUCCCACACCAUACAGCCGCAUCUCCCUGCAAUAUCUGACAACAUCAAUGAGGUGACAUUUCAUUCAAAAGACUACGAUCGCAUCAUGGCCGUCAUUUCAAGAGAAGGAGAAAAAAUUGUUUUGGAUAAUUCUGUUAUAGCCAAAGGUCCUGUGGAGAUUUGGCUUCUGGAAUUGUUAAAAAUGCAGAUGUCAUCAUUACAUAAUAUAAUUAGAUCCGCUUUCUAUCAAAUCAGUGAUACAGGAUUUCAGCUCUUACCAUUCCUCAGCCACUUUCCAGCACAGGUUGGACUUCUGGGAAUUCAGAUGUUGUGGACACACGAUUCAGAAGAGGCUUUACAUAAUGCAAAAGAUGACAGGAAAAUCAUGCAAAUGACCAAUCAGAAAUUCCUGGAUAUUCUAAAUACUCUCAUUAGUCAGACAACACAUGAUCUCAGCAAGUUUGAUAGAGUGAAAUUCGAAACUCUAAUUACCAUCCAUGUGCAUCAGAGAGAUAUUUUUGAUGACUUGGUAAAAAUGCAUAUCAAAUCAGCUACUGAUUUUGAAUGGCUAAAACAGAGUAGAUUUUAUUUUAAGGAAGAUUUGGAUCAAACUGUGGUGUCUAUUACAGAUGUUGAUUUUAUUUACCAAAAUGAAUUUCUGGGAUGUACUGAUCGCCUCGUUAUCACUCCAUUAACAGAUAGAUGCUACAUCACGUUAGCGCAGGCCUUGGGCAUGAACAUGGGAGGCGCUCCCGCAGGACCUGCCGGCACUGGCAAAACAGAAACCACAAAAGACAUGGGAAGGUGUCUGGGAAAAUAUGUGGUCGUGUUUAAUUGCUCAGAUCAAAUGGAUUUCAGAGGCCUAGGAAGGAUUUUCAAAGGUCUUGCACAGUCAGGUUCCUGGGGCUGUUUUGAUGAGUUUAACAGAAUUGAAUUGCCUGUAUUAUCAGUGGCAGCACAACAAAUUUAUAUUGUUUUGACAGCAAGAAAAGAGAGAAAGAAACAGUUCAUUUUUUCUGAUGGUGAUUGUGUUGAUUUAAAUCCAGAAUUUGGAAUCUUCUUAACAAUGAACCCUGGAUAUGCUGGGCGCCAGGAACUACCAGAAAACCUAAAAAUCCAGUUUAGAACUGUUGCUAUGAUGGUUCCUGAUAGACAGAUCAUUAUGCGAGUUAAACUUGCAAGCUGUGGUUUUCUUGAAAAUGUUAUCUUGGCUCAAAAAUUUUAUGUUCUUUACAAACUCUGUGAAGAGCAACUUACUAAACAGGUUCAUUAUGACUUUGGGUUGAGAAAUAUUCUAUCUGUAUUAAGGACUCUUGGAUCUCAAAAAAGAGCCAGACCAGAAGAUAGUGAAUUAAGCACUGUCAUGAGAGGACUGAGAGAUAUGAACCUUUCUAAACUGGUUGAUGAAGAUGAACCCCUAUUCCUCAGCUUAAUCAAUGACCUGUUUCCAGGACUGCAACUGGAUAGUAGUACUUAUGAAGAACUGCAAGCUGCAGUAGCUAAUCAAGUUCAGAUAGAAGGUUUGAUUAACCAUCCACCCUGGAACCUGAAACUCGUGCAGUUAUAUGAGACGUCUCUGGUACGGCAUGGCUUGAUGACUCUGGGGCCCAGUGGUUCUGGAAAGACAACUGUAAUCACGAUUCUAAUGAAGGCGCAAACGGAAUGUGGAAGGCCUCAUAGAGAAAUGCGAAUGAAUCCAAAAGCCAUUACUGCACCUCAGAUGUUUGGCAGACUGGACACGGCUACCAAUGACUGGACAGAUGGGAUUUUUUCUACUCUGUGGAGAAAAACACUAAAAGCUAAAAAAGGUGAAAACAUUUUCCUCGUUUUAGAUGGUCCUGUGGAUGCCAUCUGGAUUGAGAAUUUAAAUUCUGUGUUGGAUGAUAAUAAAACUCUGACGUUAGCUAAUGGAGAUCGAAUUCCCAUGGCCCCUAGUUGUAAGCUUCUGUUUGAAGUCCACAAUAUUGAGAACGCGUCUCCUGCCACAGUUUCUAGGAUGGGCAUGGUCUAUAUCAGCAGCUCUGCUCUCAGCUGGAGACCAAUAUUACAGGCAUGGUUGAAGAAACGCACUGCACAGGAAGCUGCUAUAUUCCACACACUGUAUGAGAAAGCCUUUGAAGAUACAUACACAUACAUGAAACUAAGUCUCAAUCCCAAAAUGCAGCUCUUGGAGUGCAACUAUAUUGUGCAAUCUCUCAAUCUUCUGGAAGGGUUAAUUCCCUCUAAAGAAGAAGGUGGUGUUUCCUGUGUUGAGCAUCUUCAUAAAUUAUUUGUGUUUGGCCUGAUGUGGAGUUUAGGAGCACUUCUGGAACUUGAAAGCAGAGAAAAGCUGGAAGCCUUCUUACGGCAGCAUGAAAGCAAGUUGGACUUACCAGAAAUACCUAAAGGCUCAAAUCAAACCAUGUAUGAGUUUUAUGUUACUGAUUUUGGUGAUUGGGAGCACUGGAAUAAGAAACUUCAGCCAUAUUAUUAUCCAACUGACAGUGUUCCAGAAUAUGCAUCAAUUUUGGUUCCAAAUGUUGACAAUGUUAGAACAAAUUUUUUGAUAGACACCAUUGCAAAACAACAUAAAGCUGUUUUGCUCACAGGAGAGCAGGGAACUGCAAAAACUGUCAUGGUUAAGGCCUAUUUGAAAAAAUAUGAUCCUGAAAUACAGCUAUCUAAAAGUUUAAACUUUUCAUCUGCCACAGAACCAAUGAUGUUUCAGAGAACAAUUGAAAGCUAUGUGGAUAAGCGGAUGGGAAGCACAUAUGGGCCGCCAGGAGGGAGAAAAAUGACUGUAUUUAUUGAUGAUAUUAAUAUGCCUGUGAUUAAUGAGUGGGGAGAUCAGAUAACUAAUGAGAUUGUGCGACAGAUGAUGGAAAUGGAAGGAAUGUACAGCUUGGACAAGCCUGGAGACUUCACUACUAUUGUUGAUGUGCAGCUCAUAGCAGCAAUGAUCCACCCUGGAGGUGGUCGAAAUGAUAUUCCACAACGUUUAAAAAGACAAUUUACUGUGUUUAAUUGUACAUUGCCUUCAAAUGCUUCAAUAGACAAAAUUUUUGGAAUUAUUGGAUGUGGAUACUUUGAUCCUUGUAGAAGUUUCAAGCCUCAAAUAUGUGAGAUGAUUGUGAAUUUAGUCUCAGUGGGCAGAGUGCUGUGGCAAUGGACUAAGGUGAAGAUGCUGCCAACUCCUUCUAAAUUUCAUUACAUCUUCAAUCUUCGAGAUCUUUCCAGAAUUUGGCAAGGAAUGUUGACCAUAAAAGCUGAGGAGUGCGCUUCAAUCUCUACUCUCCUGUCACUUUUCAAACACGAGUGCAACAGAGUAAUUGCAGAUAGAUUUAUAACUCCUGAAGAUGAGCAGUGGUUCAAUGCCCAUCUUAUUCGUGCAGUUGAAGAAAAUAUUGGCUCUGAUGCAGCAUCGUGUAUUCUUCCUGAACCAUACUUUGUGGAUUUUCUCCGUGACAUGCCAGAACCAACUGGUGAUGAACCUGAAGACACUCUGUUUGAAGUACCCAAAAUAUAUGAAUUGGUGCCAUCCUUUGACUUUCUGUCUGAGAAACUUCAAUUUUACCAGAGACAGUUCAAUGAACUCAUUAGAGGAACAUCUCUUGAUCUGGUGUUUUUUAAAGAUGCAAUGACUCAUCUUAUUAAGAUUUCGCGAAUAAUUCGAACAUCCUGUGGAAAUGCAUUGCUGGUGGGUGUUGGUGGUUCUGGAAAACAAAGUCUUUCAAGAUUGGCCUCUUUUAUUGCCGGCUAUCAAAUAUUCCAGAUAACGUUAACCAGGUCUUACAAUGUGAAUAAUCUAACAGAUGAUUUAAAAGGUUUGUACAAAGUUGCUGGUGCUGAUGGAAAAGGCAUCACCUUCAUCUUUACCGACAAUGAAAUAAAAGAUGAGGCAUUUCUAGAAUACCUUAACAACUUGCUAUCUUCAGGAGAGAUCUCCAAUUUGUUUGCACGAGAUGAGAUGGAUGAAAUCACCCAAGGUCUGAUUUCAGUGAUGAAGAGGGAGCUGCCUCGCCAUCCUCCUACUUUUGAUAAUCUGUAUGAAUACUUCAUUUCAAGAUCAAAGAAGAACUUACAUGUUGUUCUCUGCUUUUCUCCAGUUGGUGAGAAGUUCCGUGCCCGUUCUUUGAAAUUUCCUGGCUUGAUAUCAGGUUGCACUAUGGACUGGUUCAGCCGCUGGCCGAGAGAGGCUCUGAUUGCGGUGGCCUCCUAUUUCCUUUCUGACUAUAAUAUUGUCUGCUCUAGUGAAAUUAAAAGACAAGUUGUAGAAACAAUGGGCCUGUUUCAUGACAUGGUUUCAGAGAGCUGUGAAAGUUAUUUCCAAAGAUACCGCCGAAGAGCACAUGUGACUCCCAAAUCUUACCUUUCAUUUGUAAAUGGCUAUAAAAACAUUUAUGCUGAAAAGGUGAAAUUCAUUAAUGAACAAGCUGAACGUAUGAAUAUUGGUCUUGAUAAGCUAAUGGAGGCAAGUGAAUCUGUUGCUAAACUCUCUCAGGAUCUUGCAGUAAAGGAGAAGGAAUUGGCAGUGGCUUCCGUAAAAGCAGAUGAAGUAUUAGCAGAAGUCACAGUAAGCGCUCAGGCUUCAGCCAAAAUUAAAAAUGAAGUACAGGAGGUAAAAGACAAAGCCCAAAAAAUUGUGGAUGAAAUUGAUAGUGAAAAAGUAAAAGCUGAGAGCAAACUCGAGGCAGCUAAACCUGCAUUGGAAGAAGCAGAAGCAGCCCUGAAUACUAUCAAGCCAAAUGAUAUUGCCACAGUCAGGAAACUUGCAAAACCACCACAUCUUAUUAUGAGAAUCAUGGACUGUGUUCUGUUACUAUUUCAAAAGAAAAUUGACCCUGUUACUAUGGAUCCAGAAAAACCUUGCUGCAAGCCAUCAUGGGGAGAGUCAUUAAAGUUGAUGAGUGCAACAGGAUUCCUGUGGAGCCUUCAGCAGUUCCCUAAAGACACUAUAAAUGAAGAGACUGUCGAGUUACUACAGCCAUAUUUUAAUAUGGAUGAUUAUACUUUUGAAAGUGCCAAAAAAGUCUGUGGGAAUGUGGCUGGUCUCCUGUCUUGGACACUUGCAAUGGCAAUAUUUUAUGGCAUCAAUAGAGAAGUGUUGCCUCUGAAGGCAAACCUGGCCAAGCAGGAAGGCCGGUUAGCAGUUGCUAAUGCUGAGUUAGGGAAGGCACAAGCCCUGCUGGAUGAGAAACAAGCUGAGCUGGAUAAAGUACAGGCAAAAUUUGAUGCAGCAAUGAAUGAGAAAAUGGAUUUGCUUAAUGAUGCUGAUAUGUGCCGGAAAAAGAUGCAGGCAGCUUCCACUCUUAUCGAUGGCCUGAGUGGAGAAAAAGUCCGAUGGACCCAGCAAAGUAAAGAAUUCAAAGCUCAGAUUAAUAGACUUGUAGGUGAUAUUCUGCUGUGCACGGGAUUCCUUUCCUACCUUGGUCCUUUCAAUCAGAUAUUUAGGAACUAUUUGCUUAAAGAUCAGUGGGAGAUGGAGUUGAGAGCACGGAAAAUUCCUUUCACAGAAAACCUGAAUCUUAUUUCAAUGUUGGUGGAUCCUCCAACUAUUGGUGAGUGGGGGCUGCAGGGAUUACCAGGAGAUGAUCUCUCAAUUCAGAAUGGCAUUAUUGUGACAAAGGCGACCAGAUACCCACUCCUCAUAGACCCACAAACUCAAGGCAAAACUUGGAUUAAAUCAAAGGAAAAAGAAAAUGAUUUGCAGGUGACAUCUCUGAACCAUAAAUAUUUCCGCACACACUUGGAGGACAGCCUUUCCUUGGGCCGACCUCUUCUCAUUGAGGACAUUCGUGAAGAGCUGGAUCCAGCCUUGGAUAAUGUAUUAGAAAAGAAUUUUAUUAAAUCUGGCACCACUUUCAAGGUGAAAGUUGGUGAUAAGGAAUGUGAUAUCAUGGAUACAUUUAAACUUUACAUUACUACCAAGUUACCAAACCCUGCCUUUACCCCAGAGAUUAAUGCUAAAACUUCAGUCAUUGAUUUCACUGUUACAAUGAAAGGACUUGAGAAUCAGUUACUAAGAAGAGUCAUUCUAACAGAGAAACAGGAGUUAGAGUCUGAAAGGGUUAAACUUUUGGAGGAUGUUACUUUUAAUAAGCGGAAGAUGAAAGAACUUGAAGAUAAUCUCCUCUAUAAAUUAAGUGCCACAAAAGGCUCAUUGGUAGAUGACGAAUCUCUCAUUGGUGUCCUUCGAACUACCAAGCAGACAGCAGCUGAGGUAAGUGAAAAGUUGCAUGUGGCUGCAGAAACUGAGAUCAAGAUCAACACAGCUCAGGAGGAGUUCCGGCCUGCAGCCACCCGUGGAAGCAUCCUCUACUUCCUCAUCACAGAGAUGAGCAUGGUCAACAUCAUGUAUCAGACGUCACUGGCCCAGUUCUUGAAGUUAUUUGACCAGUCCAUGGCCAGAUCUGAAAAGUCACCACUACCUCAAAAGAGAAUUACAAAUAUCAUUGAGUAUCUGACAUAUGAAGUUUUUACAUACUCUGUCAGAGGCCUAUAUGAAAACCACAAAUUCCUGUUUGUACUCCUCAUGACCUUAAAGAUUGACCUUCAGAGAGGGACAGUUAAGCACAGAGAAUUUCAAGCUCUGAUUAAAGGGGGAGCCGCUCUGGAUCUGAAAGCCUGCCCUCCCAAACCCUUCCGCUGGAUCCUUGACAUGACUUGGCUGAAUCUUGUGGAGCUGAGUAAACUUCCACAAUUUGCAGAAAUUAUGAACCAGAUAUCUCGUAAUGAGAAGGGGUGGAAAAGCUGGUUUGAUAAAGAUGCUCCAGAGGAGGAAAUUAUCCCUGAUGGAUAUAAUGAUUCACUAGAUACCUGCCAUAAACUUUUACUUAUCAGGUCUUGGUGCCCAGACCGUACUGUUUUUCAAGCAAGAAAGUAUAUUGCAGAUUCUUUGGAGGAGAAGUACACAGAACCAGUUAUCUUAAAUCUGGAGAAAACUUGGGAAGAAAGUGAUACCCGGACACCUCUGAUAUGUUUCCUGUCCAUGGGGUCUGACCCCACCAAUCAAAUUGACGCACUGGCCAAGAAACUGAAACUGGAAUGUAGAACAAUCUCAAUGGGGCAAGGACAAGAAGUACAUGCUCGAAAGCUGAUUCAGAUGUCAAUGCAGCAGGGUGGUUGGGUAUUACUGCAAAAUUGCCACCUCGGCCUGGAAUUCAUGGAGGAGUUGCUAGAGACGCUAAUUACCACUGAAGCCAGUGAUGAUUCUUUCCGAGUAUGGAUCACUACGGAGCCCCACGAUAGAUUUCCAAUUACAUUGCUUCAGACUUCUCUCAAAUUCACUAAUGAGCCACCCCAAGGUGUACGUGCAGGUUUGAAAAGGACAUUUGCUGGAAUUAAUCAAGACCUUCUGGACAUCAGCAAUUUACCCAUGUGGAAGCCGAUGCUUUACACAGUAGCAUUUUUACACUCCACUGUGCAGGAGCGACGAAAGUUUGGCCCCUUAGGAUGGAAUAUUCCGUACGAAUUCAAUUCUGCUGACUUUUCAGCCAGUGUUCAGUUUAUUCAGAAUCACCUUGAUGAAUGCGAUAUUAAAAAAGGCGUAUCAUGGAAUACGGUUCGGUACAUGAUCGGAGAAGUACAAUAUGGAGGCAGAGUGACAGAUGACUUUGAUAAACGUCUGCUUAAUUGCUUUGCCAGAGUCUGGUUCAGUGAGAAGAUGUUUGAACCGUCAUUCUGCUUUUAUACUGGAUAUAAAAUCCCCGUAUGCAAAACCUUAGACCAGUAUUUUGAAUACAUCCAGUCACUGCCUUCCCUAGAUAACCCUGAAGUCUUUGGGCUUCACCCUAAUGCUGAUAUCACGUUUCAGAGUAACACUGCUUCUGCUGUUCUUGAAACAAUUACCAACAUUCAACCCAAAGAGAGUGGAGGUGGUGUGGGAGAAACCCGGGAAGCCAUUGUUUAUAGAUUAUCUGAAGAUAUGCUGAGUAAACUGCCUCCUGAUUAUGUUCCUCAUGAGGUGAAAUCUCGUUUGAUAAAGAUGGGACAUCUUAAUUCAAUGAACAUAUUUCUUAGACAAGAAAUUGACAGAAUGCAAAGAGUCAUUUCAAUACUCCGCAGUAGCCUGAGUGAUCUAAAAUUGGCCAUUGAAGGAACAAUCAUUAUGAGUGAGAACCUGAGAGAUGCCCUGGACAACAUGUAUGAUGCUCGUAUACCUCAGCUCUGGAAAAGAGUGUCUUGGGAUUCCUCCACACUGGGCUUCUGGUUCACUGAACUUUUGGAAAGAAAUGCUCAGUUUUCUGCAUGGAUAUUUGAAGGGAGGCCUAAUGUGUUUUGGAUGACUGGUUUCUUUAAUCCCCAAGGCUUCCUCACAGCGAUGAGGCAAGAAGUGACCCGUGCCCACAAAGGCUGGGCACUGGACACUGUGACCAUCCACAAUGAAGUUCUGCGACAGACCAAGGAGGAGAUCACGUCACCACCUGGGGAAGGCGUGUAUAUUUAUGGGCUAUACAUGGAUGGAGCAGCCUGGGACAGACGGAAUGGAAAGCUCACGGAAUCCACCCCCAAGGUGCUCUUCACACUGUUACCUGUGUUGCACAUCUUUGCCAUUAACUCCACGGCACCCAAGGACCCCAAGCUGUAUGUAUGUCCUGUUUACAAGAAACCCAGGCGAACUGACUUGACCUUCAUCACUGUGGUGUAUUUGCGAACAGUGUUGUCCCCGGAUCACUGGAUCCUGAGAGGAGUGGCCCUUUUGUGUGACAUCAAGUAAGUUCAGUUCCAUCUGCUGACGGCACCAGAAGCCACACGGACAGCCUGUGCUAUUGAGGGACUCGGUGAUGUGUGUGUCUUUUCUCCCCAAUAAUUGCUUAAUUACUCCUUCUAAAUUAAAAAGUUGAUGUUCUAAAA